AGUUAUGAAAAUUGCUCUAAAAGUUAAGACAGUCUUCCGUCGUAUCAAACCUAACUUUUAGAUAUACGAUGCAACCGGUAAAUUUUCCGGCAAGGUCAACUUUGACUUCACAUUUCCAACAUUUUGGACAACAUAUAGGCACGUGUCCACACCGCCAAAUUCUCACCCUAAACAACCGACUUAACAAAUAUCUCAUCCCUGCCUACGGAGUAUAAGGUCUAUAACCACCCAAAACCCCCAAAUAUCUCUCCUCCUUCAAUCAUUUUCAAUUAAACAAAACCCUAAUUCAAAACAAAAAAUAAAAAUGUUGCGUCAAAGCUGUAAGAAGAUCCUAGCGCACGCCCAAUUGCAACCCCAGUUGCGCGCGACACCUUUGGUGCUGCCGCGCCACUACCAUGAGAGGGUGGUGGAUCACUACAACAACCCUAGAAAUGUUGGGUCCUUCGAUAAUAACGACCCAGAUGUGGGGACGGGUCUUGUGGGUGCUCCUGCUUGUGGGGAUGUUAUGAAGCUUCAAAUUAGGGUUGAUGAUAAAACUGGCAAGAUUGUUGAUGCCCGUUUUAAGACUUUUGGUUGCGGUUCUGCUAUCGCUUCUUCUUCUGUUGCUACUGAGUGGGUCAAAGGGAGACAAAUGGAGGAUGUGGUGACAAUAAAAAACACGGAAAUUGCAAAACAUUUGUCACUCCCACCUGUGAAACUACAUUGCAGUAUGCUUGCUGAGGAUGCAAUCAAAGCUGCUGUUAAGGACUACGAAGCAAAGCGUGCAAAGCAAAGUGGUAGCAGCUCUGAGGCUGCAUCGACCGAGAAGGCUGUCUGAGGCUUGAAGUGGAUUCUUUCAUUCAUCUCAGAGGUGGAAGACUGAGAUUAGUGAUAAGCUACUGUUAGAAUAUGAUCGCCGUUUUGUAUAAAUAAAUGUUGUACCAGCAUCACUUGGGUAUAAUUUUGGCAAAGUUGUCUUGAACUAGGUUUACCUUAUAUCGAUCAUUAUGUACAUUAAUUUUGCUAUUGUGGAUUGUCUUGUCCAAAUAUACCUUCUUUCAGAUGAUAAUGAAGAAAAAUACGUUUGGAACUGCA